AUGGAUUGUGUGAUGUCCUCCCAAAACGCAUUCACGGUUGAUAAGAUACUGGAUGCAGUUGGAGCAUCUACGAUGUUGAUAGACACUACAAACGGAAUGGUUUUCCAUCUGGUUACACAUGAUAGAACCCUUGUAUUGGAUUUCAACCUAGAAGAGUCUUUCUUCAAAAGCUUAAGCCUGAAGAAUAAAUGCAUUCUUAUUCCAAAACAGAAAUUCUAUAUCAAGAAAAUCAAAGAGCUGAAGAUCAUUACAAACGAAUAUGUCAUGGUAUUUGAAUAUGUGUUCGAUAAAUACACUUUAAGAAGAAGAGUAUUCUAUAGCCAAAGUACACGUUUCGUAAUUGAUUUCAAGAUAGACUGCACGGGGGAAAUCAAUUCUAGUGCCAUGGGCUUGGCUCUCAAGGAGAUUGGCGACCAUUUUGCUACCUUGAGAGUAAUUAACAACACUGGAGAAAUCUGUAGCGAAGGGACCAUAAUAAAGUUUCCACUAACACUCCCCACCGACUUUUCUGUGAAAGUCAUUGGAGGAAACCUGAAAAGUAUAUUUGAAGUUUCCGAUUUAUUUAUCAAAAUGAUCAUGAGCUAUGGCCCAACAAAUUUGUCGAUUAACUUUGUUCUUUUGGGGAAUGGAACCAAGGCUUCUUUCUUCACCGCCAUCAACCACAAUCGAACUAGUAAGGGAGCCUGA